GCGCGGCGACGCGUGAUGACGUCAGCACCCUGCGCGGGGGCUGAUGGGAUGGCGUUGCCCGGCAACCCGCGGCAUUACCCCGCCUCUCCGCGGAUUGACGGGCCUACCGCCCAAUCCGAGUGCGGAGGUGUGGAAGGGUGGAGGAGCGGUAGCCAAUCAGCGCAGCGGGAGUGCUGGCGGCGGCGCAGGGGGAAGAUGGCGGCGGCGGCGGCGGGCGGAUGGGGGCCGGAGGCGGAGGAGUUCGAGGAUGCGCCCGACGUGGAGCCGCUGGAGCCUACGCUGGCAAACAUCAUCGAGCAGCGGAGCCUCAAAUGGAUCUUCGUGGGGGGGAAAGGCGGCGUGGGCAAAACUACGUGCAGCUGCAGCCUGGCCGUGCAGCUGUCCAAGGUUCGUGAGAGCGUCCUCAUCAUCUCCACCGACCCCGCACACAACAUCUCCGACGCCUUCGACCAGAAGUUCUCCAAAGUCCCCACCAAAGUGAAGGGCUACGACAACCUCUUCGCCAUGGAGAUCGACCCCAGCCUGGGAGUGGCAGAACUCCCCGAUGAGUUCUUUGAGGAAGACAACAUGCUGAGCAUGGGCAAGAAGAUGAUGCAGGAGGCCAUGAGUGCCUUCCCUGGCAUCGAUGAGGCCAUGAGUUACGCCGAGGUGAUGAGGUUGGUGAAGGGGAUGAAUUUCUCGGUGGUGGUUUUUGACACGGCGCCCACCGGGCACACGCUGCGGUUGCUCAACUUCCCCACCAUCGUGGAACGAGGCCUGGGGCGGCUGAUGCAGAUCAAGAAUCAGAUCAGCCCCUUCAUCUCUCAGAUGUGCAAUAUGUUGGGUCUGGGGGACAUGAAUGCUGACCAGCUGGCCUCCAAGCUGGAGGAAACUCUGCCCGUCAUCCGCUCUGUCAGCGAGCAGUUCAAGGACCCUGAGCAGACGACGUUCAUCUGUGUGUGCAUCGCCGAGUUCCUGUCGCUGUACGAGACAGAGAGGCUGAUCCAGGAGCUGGCAAAGUGCCGCAUCGACACCCACAACAUCGUGGUGAACCAACUCGUCUUCCCUGACCCACAGAGGCCCUGCAAGAUGUGCGAGGCCAGGCACAAGAUCCAGGCCAAGUACCUGGACCAGAUGGAGGAUCUCUAUGAGGAUUUCCACAUCGUCAAACUGCCGCUGCUGCCCCAUGAGGUGCGCGGGGCCGACAAAGUCAACACCUUCUCCUCCCUCCUGCUGGACCCCUACCAGCCCCCCAGCCCCAAAUAGCCCCCUGGCCCCAAGUAGUCCCUCGGGGGGAGGGGUGGGUGGUAUUUAUUCCCCCCCAGGAGGAGCAGACAGCUCUGUUCCCCCCCCCCCAUACACCUCCCACACAACGUGGGGCUGACCAGCACCAUGCCUCCCCCCGGGUGCUCACACCAUCCUCACCCCCCACCCCAGAUCUGGGGGGUGGCAGAAACGGUGACCUUGUGUAAAUAAUAAAUUUGGGAAGAGGAGA